AUGCUCCUCCUUCCCAACCACAGGAUACUCAUUGCGAUCCUCCUCUUACUCGUACUCUACUCUACCGCCGAAGAUACCUCCAGCGAUGCAUCAAACUCAGCCCUGUAUGACAUGGUUCCAGCCUGUGCUAAGGACUGCGUUGAUAGCUUCAUCAAGUCCGAAUACACACCCAUGGAAUGCACGUCACCGUCCAAUAUCAAGUGCCUUUGCCGCACCAAGACAAGUAGUAGCUUGACAUUGGGGGAGGCUGCUUUGAGCUGUGUGCUGUCUGUAUGCUCACAGACAGCCAUCGAAAAGUCAAAGGCUUAUCACAUAUGCGACUCGGUCUCCGAAGCUCUACCGAAAACACACCAGACCAUUACCGCGACGGUCUUUUAUGAUACGAGUACAACGCAGACUAGUGAGGCAAAAACCACUACAGAGACAAUGCCAACUAGCUCAACUUCGACAACUGAACACACUUCGGAGGCCUCAGUGACAAUGUCUACAGCGACAUCGGCAUCGACACCGACGUCAACUAGUUCCAGUCAAACUUCUAAAAUCACAUUCUAUAGCGCUUCUUCAUCUUCAGUGUCUGAAGUGAAACCAACAUCCUCUACCGAACAAGUUUCUAGUGACUCUUCUGAAGAUACGAAUAAGAAAGGUGAUCGUGGUAUCACUCCAGCGGCGGUCAUUGGAAUGUCAGUAGCAUCAGGUGUGGCAGGAUCUUUCAUCAUCGUUGUUGCUGUGUUCUUCUGCCGCAAGAGAUGGCGACGAAAAAAGCGAGAGCAGGCUGCCCCACACAGUUUUGAGAUCGGAGGUGCCAUGUCUGAGCCUUCUGAUUUUUCGAAACCGAUGCCACGGCUCCCAACCGACGGUAUGGGUCUAGGGUAUUUAUACAGUUCAACAAGUGACCGCGAGACAAUGUUCCAGCGGCCAGGUACUUUACAGUCUAUGGCAAGCGUUCAACCAAUAUCGCGAUACUCACCGCAAUCAGCCACGAAUCAUCACUCAGGCCAGAGCAAAGAGCCCAAAAACCGGGAACGAAUAGGGUUUGCCAUCAGCUCCGACUCGGACUGGGAAGCUUCGCCUCGGACGCAAUCAUCACAGCACAGCGUAGCACGACUACUCCCAGAUCCUACAGUUGGAUUAUACCCAAAGCCGCUGAAGUGGAGUCACCGGCCAGCUAGUGGAGAGACUCUCUUUGAAGAAGAUGAAAGUCAACAAGCAGCAGCGGCGGCAGCAAUGAUGCAAAACAACACCCCAAGGCCGGGGAUUCAGCCGAAGCUCGCAGGACUACCGUCCAAUCCACGCGCAUUCAAAAAGGGAUCCCCAGCGGGCAACUUCAAACGAAGAUCCGGGGCUCCGAGUGCCCUGGCCCCCCCAUUCAAUCCCAACCCAGCCUUCAGAACCUUGCCAUCAGACAGCAGCGCUGCACCCAACGAAACCACCGAAACAUCACAACCGUUAUACUCCUCCCCAAACCAAAACAUCCUCCUCGCUGCUCCUAUCAACACUACCCAGACCCAAUCCCAGACCCAAUCCCAGACCCAAUCUCAGAACCGCAACCCAUCACCAGGACCACAAGUGCUCGAAUCAUACCCCGCCCUAUCGUCCUCAACCCUCCCCCCAGACUCGGAGGUAGUAUCCAGGCCGCGGAUCGUACGUGGAAACGAUAUCAAACGUGUUCAGAUCCGGAACAGUCCACGACCGCCUAGCGAAGUCGUCGUGCCAUACUGCCCGGAUGAUUUGUGGCUGGAGCGUGGACGCAGCAUCGCGCCGCCGAAGUCCCGAGAACCGUCUGGGGAACUGCCGUAUCCUUCAGAUAUGUUUUCAGGUGCUGUGCAUUAUCCUGAUAGUCCGAAGAAGAAGGUCGGCGCUGUGUCGAAUCGGGUUUCUCCGACUAGUCGGAAUUUGACGCCGUCCAGGAGAGGCGACGAUUUGAUUCUCCGCGUUGAAUAG